AUGGAUCCAAAACCAAGUCAGCAUGUGUCAGAGGUGGAAAGCCCAGAUUCAACUGAUCGAUUGCUGCCUGAGGAGCAGAGCUUGCAGCAGAACAAGUUCCAGCAGCAUUUAAACACCUGGAAUUCACUCCUCACUGACACAUGGCUUCCUGAAACUGUCGCAAUGAUAUUUAGCGUUGCGUGUUUUGUUGCUAUUAUUGCUAUAGUCAGAGCGUUUGACGGGGAACCAGUACCGACUUUCUCGGGCCGGGUGACACUGAACGCCGUUGUUUCAGUGUUAGGAACAGCAUCCAAAUGCUCUCUUCUUUAUGCAGUGAGCCAGUCCAUCGGGCAAUGGAAAUGGGUGUUAUGGAAGACCGAAAAGCGGCGACUGCGUUGUAUUCAAACCAUCGAUGAUGCUAGCCGCGGGCCUUGGGGUUCCAUCACACUUCUGACCCAUGAACAGUGCUCUGUUCUCUGGAUUGGAGCAGCAAUCAUGGUGCUCGCACUGGCGCUCGAUUUUUCAAUUCAGCAGAUCGUAAGACAUUCCACUGUUAAUGUCCAGAUUCCCAGGGGCUCUGCAGUGGCCAAGAAAGCGCUCCGCAUCAACCCUAUAUGGUACGAUGAACGAUUUCGCAAUGCAGUGCAGGCUGGGCUUUGGCACAAUCACGACCCAAUUCCAAGCUGUUCAUCUGGAAAUUGCACAUGGGAUAGGUUCACGUCCAUUGGCUUCUGUAACAAAUGCGAAGAUGUGACAUCCGUUGCAAAAAUGGUAAACUGCACGUACACCUCACACCCACAAGACCUAAAUACACCUAUUCCGUGCAAUGUUACUCUUCCCUACGGGGAAUGGUCAACAGUACCCAUCAGUGGGAUCAGCACAAGCAUUAACUUACCGAAAGAUAUAAUAUGGCAGGUUACAUGGUUCGGUCGGAGCCUUAAUGAUUCCUUGAGAAAUGAGGCUAUGGUCUUCGCACACGCUGAAUUGGAUGUCGGCACGGGAAUCAACGACAGUAUCCGCUACCCUGAAACACAGCUAAAAAUUAAACAUGUAACAAAAUGCGUCAUAUCAUUUUGUGCUAGGAACUAUAACAUUACGGUUUCACACGGUACUCCUGCAAUUUCCCUCACCGAGCCAGACUGGGGGCGCGUCUUUGUGGAUCUGCAAGCUGAUGAUGAUGAUGAACUCACGUGCUGGACGCCAGAGCGAGCCUUGAGCAACAUAUCGACCCAAGAGGUGUACCUCCCUAAACCUACGAAUGGUUCGGAAUACUCGAUCUGUUACAGUGUCUUUGAUCUCAAAUCGAGAUAUCUGGCUUUAUAUCUCGAUUCUAUGAAUAUUUUCUCUGGGGCUACUUACUGGACAGGCUCGAGGAACUCCACAGAAUCGAAAUGGACAUUCAAGGAUGCUGGGCAAGUAAUUUACUUUGAGCAGGAAGCCAGUUCCACUACCUCCAGGAUACUAGAGCUUGGCUUCGAAGAAGUGACAAAAAACGUUGCUGCGUCUUUAACCAAAGAUAUUCUUGAUAAUAGCACCGACACUGUAAAUGGUGCCGUGUUCGGUAUUGAAGACCGUAUAUACUUUAAUUGGUUGUGGAGUAUUUUCCCCACUUUGGUUCUUACUGCUGCUGUGGCAUUCUAUAUAGCAACAGUAUGGGCCAGUCAACUUGAAGGGGUUGGCGUGUGGAAGGCAUCUAUAUUGCCCGUGCUAUACAAUGGAGCUGAACAAAAUGUAUCGAAUGGUCACCACGACCUGACAACUGUCAGCAAGAUGAGCUCUGUGUCUCAAUUGACCGAGGUUCAACUGCAGCCAUCGGAUUCGACAGGAAGCAUGGUAUUAUGA